GUCGUCAUAGAAACAGGUUCUAUGACUCAAAAGCUUUCGUAGACCCAUGGAAUGGAAUGUAAUUAUUCAGAUCGCUACCUGGACUGAUUAACUAUGCUAUGCUGCGUUCCUAAGAUCAGUUGAUGUUUGACCGUUAUAGCACGUGGAUUGUAGAGCUCCGAUUUUGUAGCAAUUGUUGGUUAAUUCUAUACGUUUUGUGCUUGAAAAUUUAAGUACCUUUAUGAAGUAAGAUGAGAACGGCGCUAACUAUCAAUUCACUGAUAGUUUACUUUGGUGUAGUACUUUGUCAGGAAGCAUGUCAAACACCGGACCGCCUCGAAGGAGUUUGCAUACAACACCACGAAUGUCACAGUUUCAACGAAUACUUCACACCCGAUCGUAUUCUCAGCCGGGAUGAGUUGAACUUUCUCCAGCAGUCUCAAUGUGGUCUCGAUCCUACGCAUGUCUGCUGCCCUGAUGGUAAGGGUAGCAGCACCGAACAAGUCCCAACUUUACCAUUGACGACCACAGCAUUCACUCCAACCGCAUCCGGUGACAUUCUGCCCAACCCCAGAAACUUAGAAUGUGGUCUAGAUCAGCUAUCAGACAGAAUCAUUGGUGGCACUGACACCAGCUUGGAUGAGUUUCCAUGGUUUGCAUUACUCAAAUAUGUGAGCAAAAACGGCGUUGAAGCAUUUAAAUGUGGCGGAUCCCUUAUCAAUCGUCGAUAUGUUCUUACGGCGGCUCACUGUCUGGAUAACAAGUACCUCGAUGCUGGCGAGCGAUUUGUCAACGUCAGACUUGGUGAGCAUGAUACAGCAAUGGAGCUGGAUUGCGACGAGGGAAGUGAAGUCAACCGAACAUGUGCUGACCCACCGCAGAACUUUGGCUUCGAGGAAAUCAUUCUACAUCCCGGGUUCGACAAAAACGACCGAAGUCCGCAACAUGAUAUUGCGCUGAUCCGAUUGGAUCAAGAUGCCGUGUUGAACCAGUUUGUGUCUCCGGUAUGUCUGCCAGAUGCUACGUUUGCUGGGUCCCCAACUGGACGUAAAGUGACGAUAGCUGGUUUCGGUCAUACCGGUCGAAAGCGUUUCAGUGGUAUAAAACAGAAAGCAAAAGUUCCAAUUAUCGAUCAAGAACAGUGUAGACAGAAGUGGUCCAACAAUAAGAUUACGAUCGGUGAUAAGCAGAUGUGUGCGGGUGCAGAGUUUAAUAUCGAUUCGUGCACCGGAGAUUCUGGAGGCCCGCUAAUGAGUCAGCAGCCCAAUUGGAUCGUUGAGGGAAUCGUGUCAUACGGUUAUCAAUGUGGACUUGAAGGAUGGCCGGGAGUUUAUACGCGGGUUUCUAGUUAUGUCGAUUGGAUAAGGAGUGUGGUCAGAGCCUAAAUACAUAUUUUUGAA